GCGGCAAGAUGGCAGCCGCGGCUGAGGAGGCUGAGGCGGCAACGCGGCCUGCGGGGCCCCGGAGCCCCCAGAGGGACCUGUAAAAGGGGCCGGCGGCUCCGGCAGCUCCGGGCCCCGGCCCGGGCUGUGAGGACGGCGGUGGCGGUUGCGGCGGGGCCUCGGGACGAUGCUGCGCUCCACCGGCUUUUUCCGGGCCAUCGACUGUCCCUACUGGGCCGGGGCCGGCGCGGGGGCGUCCUGCUGUCGGAGGCCCUACUGCCACUUCCGGCACCGCGGCUCCGAGCGCGGCCCGGCCCGGAGCGAGGCGUCCGCUGCAGCCGCUAACGGCCCCGGCCCUGGCGGCGGGGGCGCGGCCCGGAGUGCGGGAGAGCUUGGCUAUGACCCAUAUAACCCUGACCUUCCGAAGCCUUCAGUUGGAACUGAACAUGGCUCCCUGGGGGAUGUUCCAGAACCCAGCUCUGGCAUUUUGGAGCUAGAGUUAGUCAACCAGGCCAUUGAGGCUGUCCGGAAUGAAGUGGAACGAGAGGAAAAGAAAUAUAAGGAGCUGCUAGAGACAACCAAGGAAUAUGGCACCACAGAGACCUCACUUGUUUCACAAAGCCCCACUGGAGCUGGAGUGCCCAACCCAGACUCCUUUGCCACGUCCUUAGAAUAUAAUCCAGGUAGCUACAAUCUAUUAAAUAAUAACACAGACUAUAACCCUACCCCCUUGGCUGCUGCUAAUAAAUGUAACAAGUAUACUUUGGAUUCUUUGGAGAAAUCCAAGGCUAAAGGUAACUCUCUGGAAUAUGUUCCAAAGUCUGUGAUCCAACCCAAAAAAUAUAGCCGUGCUGUUCCCAACAGUAAAUAUGUGAUUGACAAUUCUAAGCCAUCCACAGAUUUGGAAUAUGACCCCCUUUCAAAUUACUCAGCCAGGCUUUUAAAUAAGGGCAGUCCGAAGGACCAGAGGGGGGUCAAAAGGAGAAGGGACUCAAACCAAGAUGAGUCCUAUACUCCUUCGCUCAAGAAGCAUUGCGAUGUUUUUAGCAAUUAUGAAACAGAUGCCAGAUUUUCUGACUCAGAAGAUGAGGACCCCAGCUCAGAGAACCAGCCAAAUCCUGCCAGCCCCACAAAAGCUAGAACCAGUUCAGAGAGUCAGGCCAGCAGUGGGUCAUCCCCUGCUAAGGGAAAGCCUCUGGAACCUGAGGAAAGUAGUUUGAGGGAGACGAAGGAGAUUGCUGUGCAAUAUGACAUGGGGGAUAUCCAGCGGCGGCAGAGUCCUAUUGGAAAACCCCCAUCAGAGAAAAGUGGAAAAGGAAACAAACACUCUUCAGAAGGGAGGGAGAAAGUGGCAGUUGGGGACCUAAAGUGUAAAGGCAGCCUGAAGGAUCACAGAGUCCAGAAAAGAAAAUCACAUGACCAAAAGAGCUCAGGCCAUCAAGAAGUGGAGAGUCAGAAAGAAAAAAGUAAAUCGUCAGAGAAAGACAAAGGGAAGAAUAAAGACAAAGCAAAAGGGAAAUUAGGGGAGAAAAAUCAUAGAGAGAAGAAACUCUCUAAGGUUAAAAGUGAUGGACACAUAAGUAAAAUGGAGAAGUCCAAGUUAGAAAAGCAAGAGGUGACCAGGAAGGAGAAGUUAUCUGCUAUGUCAGUGGCCAGCUCAGGGAAAAGGAAGAACGAUGGCCUUGGUAAGAGACCGAGCACAGGGAAGCUGGGAAACCAUAAGAAGGAGGCCAAACUGAAGCCAGCAGAUCCUCCCAAUGGGAAAAACAUGUCCACUAGCAAUAAGCUAAAAGACAAGAAAGGCAGUAAAACCUCUUCGGGUAGGCUGAAAGACAAGAAGUCCCUUUCUCUAGAUGAAAGCAGUUCCCAAGGCUCCCCAAAGCCUAAGAAGAGGACGUUGAGCCAUAUUGAUCUCUUUGGAGAUGAGAGUGGGGAUGAAGGGGAAGGGACAUCCCCAGUUCUUCCUGCCACCCUCCCAAGUCUAAGCUCAGACUCAGACUCAGACUCAGAUGAUGGAAGCUGUAGCCUCCCGAAUGAGAGUAAGGGACCAAAACGCCUCCGGGGUGCCCAGAUCGCUACCUCUUCAUCCUCAUCUUCUGAGGCCUCCGAUGACAUCGACUACUCUAUCCUGGAGAAGGAAUUGGAUUACGAUUCAGACCCCAUGGAAGAAUGUCUUCGGAUUUUUAAUGAGUCUACAGAUGUGAAGACUGAAGACAAAGGGAGGCUCAACAAACAGCCAUCCAAAGAAGAGAAGAUUGAGGGAAAGUCAGAGGACAGUUUGACUACAUUGUUUCCAGGCCAGAAGAGGAGGAUUUCCCAUCUCUCCAAGCAAGGAAAUGCUGAAGUCCCAAGCAAGCCAGUCAUUCGGCCCUAUCGCCCACCCACUGCUCAGGAGGCCUGCUACCGACGAACCCAGCUUGCCCAGAAACAGGCCUCAGACAUUCUUGCAGGAAGACUGGCAACCCAGAAGCAUUCUGUGUCUCUUCCUGAGGAGAAGAGGAGAAUUGCCCAUGUGCCCAAUCCCCGCAUGGCCACAGCACUGGCAGCAGCAGCCAAUUCAACCCCCACAGGUGCCAAGAAAAGUAAUUCUUUGAACACCGUUCAAGUCGCAAAUGGCUCUGAGCCAAACAUCUCCUUGAAGUCCCGAACGAUGUCUGGGAUGGCUUCUAAAACGAGCACGACAUCCGUGCAGAAGAGGAUAGCACAUAUGCCCUCCCUACAGAGUGUAAGCUUAAAUAGACCAGUCAUUCCAACUGAGUUUGGGGCCAAGGUUCCCACCAACAUCCGCCAACGUUAUCUUAAUCUUUUUAUUGACGAGUGCCUGAAGUUUUGUCCGUCACCCCAAGAAGCUUAUGACAAGGCUUUAUCGGAGGAGAAGGUGGCCUAUGAACGGAGUUCAAGCAAGAAUAUCUACCUGAAUGUGGCUGUCAAUACCCUAAAGAAGCUAAGGAGUUUAGGACCUGGUUCUGUACAAUGUGUAAACAAGAACAGCAAUCGGAAGGUGGUGUCCCAUGAAGCUGUGCUGGGAGGGAAACUGGCCACAAAAACAAGCUUUACACUGAAUCGAUCGGGAAAUCUCAGAGCAGAAGAUUUGACAGGAGCUGCCUUGUAUCGAAGAUUAAAGGACUACAUUCUUACAGAGGAUCAACUGAAAGAGAACGGCUACCCUUUGCCCCACCCUGAAAAACCUGGCCGAGCGGUGGUCUUCACCACCGAAGAGAAGAAGACCACAGACUCAUCCUGCCGUAUUUGCUGUCGCUGUGGCACUGAGUACCUAGUCUCGCCCACCGGCAAUUGUAUCCGGAAGGAGGAGUGCUGCCAUCAUUGGGGGAGGCUGCGUCGGCAGAGAGUGGCUGGUGGAUGGGAAACCCAGUAUAGUUGCUGUUCAGGAGCUGUUGGUUCUGUUGGGUGUCAGGUUGCUAAGCAACAUGUGCAAGAUGGCCGUAAAGACAACCUUGAAGGGUUCGUGAAAACCUUUGAAAAACUUCCCUCUACAGAUGGAUAUCCAGGAAUAUAUGCCCUCGACUGUGAGAUGUGUUAUACCAAACAAGGCCUGGAGCUAACAAGAAUAACUGUGAUCAACUCUGAUCUGAAAGUUGUCUAUGACACAUUUGUGAAACCAGACAACAAAGUUGUGGAUUACAACACGAGGUUUUCUGGGGUGACAGAAGAAGACUUGCAGAAUGCGUGUAUAACCCUUCGGGAUGUCCAGGCGGUAUUGUUGAACAUGUUCAGUUCAGACACCAUCUUGAUAGGACACAGCUUAGAAAGUGACUUAUUUGCUCUCAAGCUUAUUCACACCACAGUAGUGGACACAUCAGUGGUCUUCCCUCACCGCCUUGGGCUCCCCUAUAAGAGAGCACUGCGGACGCUGAUGGCCGACUACCUCAAGCGUAUUAUCCAGGACAAUGUGGAAGGCCAUGAUUCAAGUGAAGAUGCCAGUUCUUGCAUGGAACUGAUGAUUUGGAAAAUCAAAGAAGACUCAAAAGUCAAGCGAUGACUCCUCUCUCCUCCCUUCCCCUUCCCUUCCUCCUUAACCAUCUCUAUCUUCAUCCCCUCCAUCACCAUCCCAGUCCCCUCACUUCCUCCAAAGCAGUGCAAUAAAUCCUCAGAGUUAACACUGUUCACCUUGCAAACAACAAGAGCCUCCCCUGCCCACCCCCCACCAGAGCCCCUCCCUCCUUCCCUCCCUGCCCCUGCUCCCCUCUUAGCCCCAGCCCAGCAGCAUGCUUUCCCCGGCGUGUCUGUGCACUUUGGGGUGCUCGUGGAAUCUAGAGACUUGUGCCAGCUCAGCACAAGGGGCUGGGCUCCCCGGCUCCUGUACCUCUUGUCUCCAUCAGAUGAGCAUUUCUGAUUCUUGCCUUUCCGGUCCCACAAGGUCAUGUUGAGCUGCACACCCAGAACUAGGUCCUAAUUCUCUGCCCCAGAGGCAGUUUGAUCAGAAUUGCACAGCAUCUGUCUGCCCGCCUGCCGCUGCAAGGAUCUGGUGCUGCGCCACCCUUGGGGCUGGUGGAUGGUUGGAAGAGAAUCUGGCAGGGCCCUGUCCAGCUGCUGAGGGAAAGAGCGGGAUCCCAGCAGGAUGGCGUUUCCUAGAGGGCACAGGUCACAUUCCCUUGAAGCCAACAUCGAGUGAGGCAGCUCUCCAUGAUGCUACCCCCUAGCCACUGUCCUUGGGGGAAAGAAGCCACUGGUGUCUUAAACCCAUCCGUCCCCUCAUGGGACAGGCCGCGCUGCUGGAGUCCCACCGAAGGCCUCAGCCCCUGGCUGGAGGAGAGAUGGAUGCAGGUAUCCUUCUGUACCAUAUGUGAAAAUAAGACUGUUUGCCCUCUAAGCAAAACACUGUAAAUCUGAUCCAGUUUUCCCAUUGACUUGAAUUAUCUGGAGGGGGGCUUUUGAUUUCUUCUUAAGUAUGAGUGCUGCCUCCACACUUCAGUGGAUGUAGAUGUUCUUCCUUGCUGACCGUGGCCAAAAAACCCACCAUUAUCUGGUGGCCAACCUUUUAGCCUCCCUUUAAAGGAAACAAAGGGGUCGGAGGAAGAAAGAAGGUCAACAAUAAAACCCUUGCAAUCUCUGUGGAGCCACUGAGUCCCUUUUUCCACAACUUUUGGGAACCAAAUACCUGGAGCUGUUGGGCCCUCAGGGAAGUGGUGGCCUGGGGGGGCUAGCCUCCUGGAAGCAUUAAAGAACCAGCUCCUCUCUGGCUUUCUUCUUCCCAGGAGGUUUAAAUAGACUCUUCGAUUCACUAUCAGCCCGGGUCUCCAGCUGGUCACUUGGGGCCUUAGUGUUCUGCAGAGUGGAGUUUGUCAGAGGCCUCCAGGACACACAUUAAAGAACAUCUCCCCGCUUUAAGGGUUGGUUUGGGUGGCGUGGGCCUGCAAAGAUCACUUGGGUCAACUUGAGUGAAGAAAGGAAAGAGAUGAGAGGUUUGUGCCCUCCUCCCCCAGGUUCAAAUAGGUUUUAAGAUCGAUGCCUUCUGGAGGAAUGUUAAUUAGCCAUUGGUUUAAAGCCUGUGACUCCCUGGGGGGAAGGACACCUUCUUCCCCAUAAAGCCUGUCCCCCUGGGAGAAAUCAUUAACUGGCACUGUGGAGGAGGCCGCCCCCAGCUAUUUCAGCUGAGGGAGCAAGGCAGCCAGCUGAGAUGUGCUGGACACUGAGUCCCCUAUUCUGACCCUGCUUGUCUUCAAAAAGGGCAACAAAGGUGGAAGGAGUAUUUAGUAGAUGAUGCUUAGCUCCCUGGAUUUCAGCCAGUGGACAGUUAAGAAAUUUAACAGGUCCCUCUCUUAGAGAAGAAAACAAAGGGCUCUGCCAGUUUGGGGCAGGGGCCAUUGCUGCUAGUGGACCGCUAAAGGAGACGAUUUUGUCUUUUUUUUCCAAGUGCCCUACUUAAGUCAAAAACUUUCCUGGCUGGAUAUUCCUUCUCUAUGGAUGGGCCCAAUGCAUCUGGUCCCUUCUCUUUUGAGAAUAAUUUGAAGCAUUUACCUUUCAAAGUUUUUCCAGGUUUUUCCCCCUCCUCCCUUCCUCUUCCCUCAGGCUUGUGUCAUCCCCAUCUUGAACCUUAGUUUGCCAAUGUGUGAAACGAGGGAUUUGAACUAGAUGUUCUCCUAGCACUCCUUUCUAUCUAAAUCCUUGUCUCCUAGUUGGAUAUUAAAUUGGGAUGGAUUGGAGACCUCAGUGGGCCAGAAUGCCCAGAGACCACAGGGUAGUCAUGAAGUAGGGGGCCCUUCCAGCCACAGCUUUGGUGUCCUAGCCUCUGUAAUGCAUCAGGUACCCAUGGGAGAGAGUCCUAAAGUGCUGGGUAGCGUUGGGGACUGUACAUAUAGAUAUUGUAACUGUUAAUUUCUUUUUUGUAACUAUUAAUAUUUUUUAAUAAAAGGUGCUGUGCUUAUUCACAAAA